CUCAACAUUUCAUUUCUAGUUAAAAAUUUCAAACAAAAAUUUAUUCUAAAUUUUUAGUAAAAUUAAAAAAAAAUUUAAAAUUCUUUUAAAAAACUUUAAACUUGAUUUCCUCAAUACUAAUUCACAAAAUAAAAUGUCCAGAAUUUUGUUAUCUUUACCCUCUGCAUGGUCAAAGUGUCUACCAUUACUAUAUCAAAGGCAGCGUCAUUUUGCCUCGGAUAUCAAGGGCAGUUGGAAUGAGGCACCUGUAUGUGAAGAACAUAAAAUGCCAAAAGCCAAACAAAAAUGUCAUCCCAAGCAAGUCAGCUGUGCAGGCAGCUUAAGUGCUUGCGGUAGAUCAGAUUGGCCUAAAUGUGGAGAACCUGAUAUAAAACCUCCCACACACUUAACCUGCUGCUGUGAUCGUAGUCUUAGCAAGCCGCCCUGUGAACCGCCUGCAAAAAAGAAACGUAAACGUCGUGAUAAAGAAGAAGAUAAACCAUUUAUAUCCAUGUGGGAAACAUGUGGGGUAGAACAACAAUGUCCCGCUUUAAUACCGCGUCUCGAUGAAAGCCACUACGAAUCAUCGGAUAAAACUAAAAGAGUUUAUACCCAAACGUGGAAAUCUUGCCAACCAGUGGUUAGAAAACGAAAAGUUUGUUGCUUCAAUGAAAUGUGCAUGUUACCUCCCUUGGUAAAGAGACCUAAAUGUGAAAGCCCCCAAACCGCUAAAGAAAAGGAUAGUGAGCAGCUAAAAUUAGACUAUAAUGUUUUAAAAAAGUGUAUGGAAAAACUUCCCGAAAAUCCCAAUACCAGACGCAUAAAUAAAUGUCAUAAAAUUAAUAUGCCCUGUUGUCGUAAAGUGGCUGCAAUUAUUAAGUGUCAUCGUAAUCGUAUGCGAUCCAAGUGUUUAAAAGAAUGCUGUCCUCAUCCCAGCUUUUCAGAAUGUCAACAUCCCAAGUUAAAGAAAGGACCACCUGUGGAGUGUCGCUGUUCACAUUUCGUGAAUCAAUGUGAAACGAAUCGUUUUGCCAUACGCAAGAAACAAUUUAAUAUUCCACCUGCUUUGCCAGCCUGGCCACCCAAAGAGAGACCGAAGUAAACUGUAAUAGGAUCAAACCCUUCAGAAUGUAGAGUUGCAGAGAUAAACUAAAUAUUAAACAUUAUAUUUUGUGAAUAAAGUUCAUUGAAAUUUUAAGAAAUGUUUAAUAAAAUUAAAAAAUAAGU